AGAUCAUAAAAAAUAACAUCGCCAAAACAAUUAAUGUUCAAUCAAAUCUUUCUUAAUAGAACACACAAAGUAUGUAUGUAAAUUCUUAUUUCAGCUUAAUCUACCUCGUUCCACGCUACUGGAUCAUUCCAAAUUAAAGCAUAUAUUCAUUAAAGGUGUAAAACCCAAAAAGAGACAUGAAUUAGAAUAUAUGGCUGCCCUGUGUAAACAGAUUUGCACAGAAAAUCCGGUCGAUUUUAUUAUAGACUUUGGGGCAGGUCUAGGUCACUUGGCCAGAGUUUUAGGUUAUGCUUAUAAUAUUAAGGUAUGUGGUUUAGAAAUGCAAACUGAACUUAAUCAAAAUGCCUAUGUAAUGGAUAAAAAUAUGGAAAAACUUAUAGAGAAAUAUUUACCAGCAACGGAAAAUGUGCAAUAUCAAAGUCCCACACAUGUAGAUCUCUGUUUAACGGCUCAAAUGACAAAAGACGAAUUUUUGUCUAUAAUAGAAAAAGCUAUAGGUCUUACAAAUACCGAUUAUACAUUUGGUAUAAUAGGUCUACAUCCCUGUGGUGAUUUGGGCGCCAUACUAAUGCGUAUGUUUUUGCAGUGUCAACAAGCAAAGUUUUUAAAUUUUGUUGGUUGUUGCUAUCAAAAACUAACAACAAUUGCGGGACGUGCUGGUAUGAAAUCAAAGCCACCUCAACAAUUUUAUGGUUAUCCUUUAAGUGAAUAUUUAAAAAGUAGUACAAAUGAUGUGCGUUUAAGUUAUGAGGCCAGAGAAAUUUCCUGUCAUGCCAUGGAACUAUAUAAUGAACGUUUAUCCCUAAAAGAUUAUGACUAUUUAAAAGUACAUUCAUUUAGAGCGGCAGCUGAAAGAAUUAUUGUUAAACAUUAUCCCUAUUUGAAACAUUCUGGUUUGAAGAGUGUUAAACAUACGCCAGAUAUGAAAUUUAAAGAUUAUUUUUAUAAAGCUGUUAAAGGUUUAGCUAUUGAAAAUCUAAAGGAGCAUGAUGUACAAACUCCUGUGACUCAGAGGCAUCUUUUAAAUUGGAAAAAUAUUGUUAUUUUUUAUACAUUACGUUUAUUUUUUGCUCCCUUAAUUGAAAGUGUUUUACUGUACGAUCGUCUAUUGUAUUUAUUGGAAAAUGAUUGUGUUGUUCAAAUAAAUCCCAUAUUUGAUCCUCGCCUUUCACCUAGGAAUCAUAUUACAACAGCUGUGAAAAAGAACUGACACAAUUAUUGCUAAUUGUUUAGAUUUGUUGUUGAUAUUGAACAUGUUCCUCAAGUUUAUAUUGGAGUAUGUAAUUUGCUUUGAUUUGUAAAAUGCUUUAUUUAUUUACAAAAAAAUCUGACAAUAAAAGUGCAGUUUAAUAAACUUCUUAAAAUAAGUUUUUAGUA